UUAAUAAUAAUAGUUAUAAUAAUAAAAUAAUAUUAUGGCUAAUAAAUUUUCAUCAUCUUUUAAACUUAUACUAUGUAUAUCAUAUUUAAUGGUAACUGGAUUAAUUUUGUUCCUGAAUGGAUUUUUUUUAACUCGGAUAUCACAAGUUGAACGAAGCAAUUGUACAUCAUGUAAAAAUUUAGAAAAUUAUAACAUCGAAACACUACUAAAAAAUCCUGAACUAGCCGGUGAAGUUUGUUCUGAAUUCCGUAGAAGAGUUGUAUUAUUAGUCGUGGAUGCAUUAAAAUAUGAAUUUUUAGAUUGGCAAGAUAACAUCACUAAUCCAUAUUAUCAAAAUAAAAUUCCAGCUGUUCAUCAUCUUUUAAAUAAAUAUCCAAACAAUUCAAGACUUUACAAAAGUAUUGUUGAUCCACCAUCAACAACAAUGCAACGCAUAAAAGCUAUAACAACAGGUACACUGCCAACAUUUAUUGAUGUUAGUUCUAAUUUUGCUUCCGAAGAAGUUGAUGAAGACAAUUUAAUCCAUCAAAUCGGUGAAAAAGGUGUUGUAUUUAUGGGCGACGAUACUUGGACAAAUUUAUUUCCUGGUAAAUAUUUACGACAAUUUCCCGCACAUUCAUUCAAUACCCGUGAUUUGGAUACUGUGGACAGAGAAGUUCGGAGUCGAAUAUUUUUUGAGCUGCAAAAAAAUGAUUGGUCGUUAUUGAUAGCUCAUAAUUUAGGAGUUGAUCAUUGUGGCCAUAAACAUGGUCCAAAUCAUCCAGAAAUGACACGAAAAUUGAAUGAAAUUAAUGAACUCAUUAACGAAAUAAUAAGCGCUAUCGAUAAUCAUACUGUUUUUUUUGUCAUUGGAGAUCAUGGUAUGACUGAUACUGGCGAUCACGGAGGAGAUAGUGAUGAUGAAAUUGAAGCUGGUCUGUUCAUUUAUUCAAAAUCUUCUCUUCAAAAUCCAAUAGAAGGGCAAAACCGUAAAACUUUAAACCAAAUAGAUAUUGUACCAACACUUGCUUCAAUUCUUGGUAUUCCUAUACCUUUUUCAAAUAUUGGUUCAUUAAUAUCAGAUGCUUUACCAGUUGUAUCAGAAACAUCAGACGUGUCGCACACUCUUCAUGCACUUUGGAGGAAUGUUUAUCAAACAAAAAAGUACAUUGACACUUAUUCAGCGAAUUCGUUUUUAUUUACGGAACAAACCCUUCAAGAGCUCGAUCAAUAUUACCAAAAUUUAUUUCAACAAGUAUCAAAAGUUAAUAAUCAGGAAGCUUUGAAAAAUUUUGCUCAGGUUGCUUAUAAAUAUUUAAAAAUUAUUCGUGACUCAUGUAUUGAAAUUUGGGUUCAAUUCGAAUGGGAUUUAAUGUUUAAAGGAUUGUUUUUGAUGAUUUCCACUUUAUUUUUUUCUUACAUAAUUAUUAACCAACUACCAAAAAAUGAUAUAAUAGAAACAUUUGAUAGAUUAUUUAUCCGAAUCAUCAUAACUAAUUGUAUUGCGCUAGUCAUUGUUUAUGCAAUUUACACUCUACAAUUAAUAAUUAACUUUGGUAAUACAUUUUUUUUCAUCAGUGGAGUAAUACUGCAAAUUUUUUUAGCCAUUAUGGUAAUUAAAAAUCGGAGUACAAAAUUAAAAACUUGGAAUAAUAAUUCCAAGAAUAAUACAUUAAAUAAUUCUGUUAGAAUAAUAUUAAUUUUGAUAAUUCUUGGAUUAUUUUCAAAUAGUUAUGUAAUUGAAGAGAAUAAAAUACUUUCAUUUUUAUUGAUAACACAAGUUUGGUUAUCAAUUCAUUCUAUUAUUAAAAAAGACAAUGUAAAUAAUAAUAUUAAUAAUAAUUGUGAUAGAAAAUAUCGAAAAUGUGUUAUUAAUAGUUCUGAGAUUCCAUACAAGCAUAAAGUAUUGUUGAUAGUCUGUGGAAUAAUAAUAUGUCUAGCAGUAAGAUUAUCUAGUUACUAUUGGAGAUGUCGUGAAGAGCAAAAUCGUGAAUCAUGUGGGCCCUUCAUUUUAGGAAAAACUGGUUCAAUAACAUCAAAUCAAUUAGAAAGAAUAUUGAUAAUGAUUUCUUUGGUGAGUUUAGGAUUAUACAUUUUUAUUGUAAAAAUGUGGUUAAGAAAUUGUGGAAAUUUAUCUGGUUUUUCACUUAACAUAAUAGUUGCACGUAAGUGUCCAGUGUUAACAGCCUGUUUAAUUGUCAGCUAUUGGGUAUUGGAAAGAUUACCUACAUACGACCAAAUAAAAAGCAAUUCAGAAUUUGAAAUGAAGGCAUUAGCUAUAAUAGCUAUAAUUAUUUAUUUUUGUAUUGUUAUUUCUGUUUCUAUAUUAUUUAUCCAACCACUUGGAAUAUUUUUUUUAGAACAAAAUCAACGAACACUUUCCGUCUAUAAGAAUGAAAAUGUUAUACCCAAAGUUUUUAAUAAAGUGAAAAAACUUUUUUAUUCAAAUAGAAACAAUGAUGAUGAUGAUGAUGAUGAUGAUGAUGACAAUACUCCGAUUGUUUAUGGUCUCGGCACCGUUUAUAGUGCAGCUUUUAUUACUUUGAGUGUUUUCAUAACGCUUCUUGUUGCUUUGUUACUUGGACGUUUUUUAGCUCCGAGUAUUUUUUUAAUGUUUAUUACAUGCACUGCGGUUCUGGUUAUUAUUGGUAUGGAACGACACCAAAAUGCUACUGAUUUUACGGAGCUUCUUCAAAUUCCAAAUUCAGCAAUUUUUUGUUGGUUUUUGAUUGCUGAAUAUUUUUUCUAUGGUACUGGACAUCAACCAACGUUUUCAACCAUUCAAUGGGACGCUGCACUAGUAGGAUCUCAUGGUUUUUUUUAUACAAAUAUUGUGCCAACUGUUUUGAUAGGAAUAAAUACAUUUGGAUCCCAUAUACUAUUGGGAUUUACAUUACCUUUAUUAGUAAUUGUGCCAGCGACAAUAAUUAUUAUGAUUCCAAGUCUUUCAAAAGUUCAAUUUCGUGUUAACGAGGAAUUGAAGAAAGGUGAACUAGUUCUGUUCGAUCGAUUAUCAGCGUUUCAUAACUCACUCUUCUUAGUUGCUGGAAAAUAUAUACUACUUCAUGGAUUGCGAACUUUUGGCUGCAUGUUGGCAACGACAUUUCUUUGUCGCCAUUUAAUGGUGUGGAAAAUCUUUGCUCCAAAAUUAAUUUUCGAAGGGAUCUCAUUUUUAGUAACUUUAGGAAGUGUUAUAAUAUCAUAUUUAAUGAUAUAUAGAAUUGAUAACAAAAUAGAAUUAUUAAUAACGGGUGUAAACAAAAUAAGGUGAUAUUUAAAAAAAAAUAAACUGAAAAAUAAUGUUAUAA